AGAUGUCGGCUCAGUCAUGUGAUCAGCUGUGUCCAAUCACAGCUGAUCACAUGGGACAUGUACACUGAUCAUCAGGGCACUGAUGAUCAGUGUGGCCCCAGAAGUGCCACCUGUCAGUGCUCAUCAGUGCCAGUGCCCAUCAGUGCCACGUGCCAGUGCCCAUCAGUGCAUACCAGUGCACAUCUGAGCUGUCUUCCAAUGUCACCCAUCAGUGCCAGUCAGUGCCACCUGUCAAUGCUUAUAAGUGCUGCCAAUCAGUGCCACCUAUCAGUGCCUGUCAGUGUCACC